GUGUUGAAAAACACCCAUUGGAACGAAUGCUAUCCUGUAGUUUGGGGAGUCAAUGGAAUAACUUUCAAACAGUUUCUUUACUGUUUCGUCAACGUCAGGCAACAAUUCAACAACUCGACCACAUUUUCCAACACUAUUCGAACGGAAUUAUGAGCAGUUUCGCGACCAAAGCCAAGGUUGUCUUCGUCCUUGGCGGCCCAGGGGCUGGCAAGGGUACCCAGUGCUCGAGAAUCGCCGAUCGAUUCCGCUUCACGCACCUGUCCACGGGCGAUCUGUUGCGGGAGGAGGGCUCGCGCGAGGGCUCACAGUACGGGACGAUGAUCGAGGAGCACAUGCGCGACGGGAAAAUUCUGCCCGUGGAUGUGACUUGUUCGCUGCUGGAGAAGGCGAUUAAGAGCUCCGGGAACUCGAUGUUCCUCAUCGAUGGCUUUCCCCGCAAUCAGGACAAUCUGGAUGGCUGGAAUCGUCGCAUGUCCUCGAAGGUGGACAUGCAGUUUGUCCUGUUCUUCGAUUGCACUGAGGAGGACUGCGUUAAGCGCUGCCUGAAACGCGGCCUAAACGGCUCCGGGCGCAUCGACGACAAUCUGGAGACUCUGAAGAAGCGCAUUCAGACCUACAACAAGCAUUCGCUGCCCAUCAUCCAAUACUUUCAGGGCACUGGCCAGAUAAAGACCAUCGAUGCGGGCCCCGAUGCCGAUCAGGUGUUCUCCCAGGUGGAGAGCGCUUUCUUGGCCAGCGGUUUUUAGUCGCUUUUGGCCGUUCGAUUAGGCCUUACCUGUACCUAAAAGCAUUUCAAAUUAAAUGGCAGAAACCUAAUGAAAUAAACACUGGGCCACAGUCCAGCAACUUGUUGCCCCAAA